AUGCGUCUACUUCAUCCAACGGCACUGGAGCUGAGGCAGUUCCAUAGCAGUAGCGAUUGCCCUCCAUAUGCCAUUCUGUCGCAUACCUGGGGUCCCGAGGAGGUGACCUUCCAGGAGAUCACGUCACCCGAACGCGCUCAGAAGCUCAGCACGAUGGCACCUUCACGGCCAAUAGCCGCAUCGGAUUAUUCGGAGGUACUUUGGUCUGCAUACGAAGAAGACAUAGUCGUACUCAGCACUUGGGGCCGUUGGGAGGACUCGCAAGCCCUGGAACUCUGCAGCAGGCCGCCCGAAGAAUCGCUCAACUAUCCUACGACGAUUGCGCCGAAGCGGGAUCAGAUGCGGGACGGAACCUCGGAACCGGAGCCGUGCGAACGAGGAUGUGGAAGCCCGCCGACAGCGAAAUCGUGGGAGGCCCGGUGGUUCGAAGCCCCCGGCAGCCUCAACGGUAUCCCCGUCCGCGCACUACCGGAUUCGGGCUCUUCCAUCAACGCCAUCUCGGAGGAAUUUGCUCGACGCCACGGCUUUGAUAUCAUUCCCGGCGGGGUCCCUAUCGAUCUCCUGGGAAAAAGAAAGGCUGAGAUCAUUGGACGAGUCACGGCCGACUUCCAGUUCAGAGGCGAGAGGCAGGUAUUCCGCCGCGAGUUCUAUGUCUUACGGGAGAGCCUCUGCAAGGUGGUGUUGGGGGGCGCGUUUCUGCGAGAGACUGGAACCACCGGUCUGUCCAGUGGCAGGAUUGUCGAGCGCGUGCGGCCGCUUCUUCGGAGCGGCAACCGCUUUUGCUUGCUGCACGAAUCGCCCCAGGACCACCAUAUCCGGUGUUCCGUGAACGGAUCCGCCGCAUCGGCGUUCCCGGAUACCGGCUCUGACCUGAUGCUCGUGUCGGGGAACUUUGCGCGCCGCAACGGGUUCAAAAUUCAUAGCGAGGAUCGGUACCGGCGGGAACUCGUCCCGAUCGAUGGCUCUAGCAUCUGGACCGAUGGAAUGGUGCUCAACGCUCGGUUGGAGUUAGACAUCCCACCAAGCUCCAGACCCUCAAUGGAGUACGAUGCGUAUCUUGAUCUGGUGGCCGGCAUGUCAUAUGCUGAUCGCGCCACUGGAGGGUUGGACAGAACAACCUUCAUCUGUGACCUUCACCUCGUCGAGGAUCUCCCUUGCGACAUCAUCCUCAGCGGAGAGUUUGUUUUCCAACACCACGUGCUGGACCGGUUCAAGAGCCCCUUCUCCGCUAGUCCAUUGCCACCAACACCAUCCACUCCCUUGGCGUCGUCCGGGACAACCGCCAUUAGACGGCAACGCCAUCAGUUCAAUUCCUCUGCAGCAGAGCGUACCAUGGGCAACACGAUGGAGAGUGGAAGAGGACCGGAGGAACCGAGUUUACUUGUGGAUAUCACAAUUGCCGGAGUCCCGGAAACGAUUGGAGCAAGCCAGGGAGGACAGCAGACGGGCUACAUGGGACAGAGAGAACCCACGGCCGCGGCUCACUAGUGUCUGAUGGAUAACCAAAGAAAGAAACAUCGUAGGAGUGAAGACAAGAAGGUGGUUUUCGAAGCUGGUUUACCCACAUAAAGCCAGGGCACUCUACAUCAUUUUCUGAGACCUUAGUAACGACGACUUGGAUAGUAUCUCCUUCGCUCAGAUAUGUAACUGUUUAUAGCACCAAUGUCGCUAGGGAAAUGCAAG